CGUCACUGUCGGCCCCUCCUUCCCUCGAUGGCCGGCUGCAGUGCCUGUCUUUCCCCACUCGCCGCCAUGGAGCUCUGGGUGAACACCUGCGAUGGGGCGCUCCCACGGCGGUAGGCAAAGUACCGCCGCCGGAUGUUGGGAGGUGUGGGGCCCAGGAUGACACCCCUCUCGAUCGUCUUCAAGAAGUCCAGCUUGGUCGUCGUGCCGUAGUAGAGGAAGCCGAACAGGGCCUGCACGGUGUACGGACGGAUGGAUGGAUGGAUGGAUGGAGGGAUGGAAUGAGAGAAUGAAAGUGAGAGGGACGGAUAGGUGCGUGCAGUGCAAUGGCACUUACGAGGCCGACGCCGCAGCCGACGAGCAUCCGCUGCUGCCCUCCAGAGUCAAACUCCCCCGGAAUGCCUACACACACACACAUACACACACACACACACACAUUCUUGGACGAAGCAGGUCAUGUGUUGUGUUUGUGCACUCACCCGCCAGUGCGGCCCCCAGGACCAGGCCGAGCGCCCAGAAGUCGUGAUAGACGGCCACAAUCAGGUCCUCAGGGAUGUUACGCAGACGGUCGUGGUGCUCGGCAUACUAAACACACACACACACACAGAGGGAGGGAGGGAGGGAGGGAGGGAGAGAAAUAAGGCUGGCUGCCCGUGUGUGAUCCAUUGUGUUGUUUCUUCUCUUUACCGCGGUGAUGGCGGUACAAGACGGUGAGAGGGUGCCUCCCAGGGACACGCCGUACAGCACCAGAAACAGAGCUAUGUACAGCGUCUGAUUGGCACGUGCACACGAGACGAGACACACACAUAUUACCUACCAUGCACUCACUGCAGUGAUUGGGCCAACCCACCUUUGGCCACCAUAUUUGCAGCGGCACGGCGAAGGCCAUCAGAAAGAAACUCCAGAAUAUCAUUGGUCGAGCUGACACCCUCUCCAGCAGCCACCCUGCACACAAGACACAUACAUCCAGGUAGCUGCACACAUCCAUCCAUCCACUGUAGACAGACAGGUACGUACCGAGGAACAUGGACGAGACGACGAAGGAAACGGCGAGCAGGCCGGCCAGCAGAGACACAAGGGUCUCCUGCACUCACACACGCACACACGGCAGCGACAUCCAUCCAUCCAUCCACACACCUACCUUGGCUGCCAUUUCGUUUUGCAUGUAGAGGGGCAGGACGAUCUCUGCCGUCGUCUUCACCGUCGUCGCCACAAGCACCACACCUGCACACGGAACCACCACAUAGAUCAGCAUUUUCGGGGGCCGUGUCUGGCGUAUUCAUAGCCCCGAACCGCAGAGGUUCCACACGAUAGGGUCGCUGAGGAGCCAGGAAGCGACGCGCCAAGACGACUUGGGGCACUUGGACGUCUGCCCCGACACACACAUUGAGAAUGCGCCUUCACACACAGCAAAGAUUUUUGGGCCUUUUAGUGCCUCUUCUCACCUACCUCUGCGACCAUAUAGAAUUGUUCGGGCGCCCAGCAGAGUGCGGCGAAGAACAGACACCAGACGUUGAAGGCGGCUAUCGCAGCCGCAGCCACGUAUGUCAGCAAAUAUGACCCGAACGAGAACAUAUACCCGCCCAAAAACCGCCCGACAAGGUCGCCUCCCGUGUUGCCAGACAUCACAAUGGCUAUCGCCAGACCCCUGAAUGAAUGAAUGAACCAACCAAUCACACACACACACGUACACACACACACAUACAAGGGAAGCGAACAAAGGCGUGUGCUGAUUUCACCCGCACCGUUGUGAGCCCGAAGGGAAUAUUUGCGCCGCCAGUGUGAUGCUGUAGACCGAUAUAAAGGGGCUGACGAACCCCUGCACCAUCCGCCCCACCAGGAUGACGUUGUAGGCGGGAAACAUGGCGCAGACCAGCAAUGACACGUAGUGCGCCAUGGUGGACCACAUGACCAGGCGCAUCUGCUUCAUGUACUUGAGCUGGGGCGGCUCCGGGCUGCCUGCGGUGGCCGCCUGGAUGAAGAGGUGAACGGUGACCAUGAUGAAGGCGAUCUGGUUGGCCCACGCGAAGGCCCCGACCACAAUGGCUAUCUCUGUCGAUGAGUAAUUGAGGAUCUCCAGCUGCAUCACUCACAACAAAAUGGCAUGACGCAGAGAGGGGAUGCAGUGCAUCAGCAUCCAUUGUGCAUAUCACGUCCUCACCUGUUGCGGCAGGAAUGUGAGCGGGAAUGAGUAGACGAAGUCAUCAGUGAAGAGGCACAGCGACAGCACAAGGCACACCACCCACUGCGCCUCCAUCGCGAUUUGGGGAGUUUGUUUACACCCUAGGCUAAAAGCUCGCAU